AUGGUAGAAGUUUAUAGAACAAAAACGAAUCAAGAUAUUGAUGAAAUAGAGCCAAAUCUUUAUUUAGGAAGUAUUUUCGCAGCAGAAGAUCAAACAAUAUUAAGAGAAUUUGGAAUUACUCAUAUAGUGCAAGUGCUCGAAAGCAAUGAUAUUUGCCCCCAGUUUUCUAAUAUUGUUUAUCACCAUUCUCCAAUUAUGGACAGAGUUGAUGGCAAUUUGAUAAGAAUUCUUCCGAGUGCUUUGAAAUUUAUACAUACAAAUCUGGUGGCUGGAGGAAAGGUAUUUGUACAUUGUGCUGCUGGAAUAUCAAGAAGUUCAUCUAUAAUUGUAGCCUAUUUAAUGGCUAAACAUAAACUUCCGUUCGAAGAUGCGUAUUAAAUUAAAUUAGUUCUAUUGCCUAAACUCGGCCGAGGAUUUUCACCUCUGCACUCAGCUGCCCCAUACGGAAUCCCGGCUGACACCGACUACCUUGGUUCAAAUUACCAACCUGGCUUGAUUUCGGGGCUUAUGGUCUCUAAAGGCUUGAGACUGGGGCAGAACUCCCAGUAUCACGCUCAGCACCUGCUGUCUUCAGAGUCCCUAAUUCGAGUAGGUAUCUCGGAUGAUAACCGACUGCACCCUUUCCAAUCCUAUGUAAGGAGAAAAAACUCUAUGCAACAGGUAUCAUAUCCUGUGAUACGAAGAAAACCUCUGCCGGUAUUUCUCAACUUGAGUCCUCCACCUAGAUGUUCCCUGAAGGUGUUGCAGAAAUUGAGUCAAGAGGUCGGGUGAUCGCAUCCACCAUAUUAAUGUAUAUUGAAGAUGCAUAUAAUUGAGUAAAAUCAAAAAGAAGUAUGGCAAGGCCUAAUAAUGGGUUUCAAAGACAACUAAAAUCACUUACACAAACUGAUCUCGAUUCAUACCUGCUUUAG